GGAUCGAUUUUGCUACCGAACUUCGAACCAAAAACCCUUCCUUCUAGGCUAACUGACAAUAUACGUCCCCCCCCCCCCCCCCCCCACCCCGGGGAAGAUCGAGGCGUUGAGAAGAAUCUCGUCUGGCUACGUCGAUAUCUGCUGCCGUGGCCCGGGCUGGUGAUGGAGCCCUAGAGCAGUAGCCCCUUCGCCUCAACGCAGCAGCAGCAGCAGCAGCAGCUCCGGGCACACAUACACAAACAGGAGGGAACGGCAGAUGGAUACGGCGGUGCUCAUCUCCUGUUUGGCGCUGGUCGGCACGCUGCUGAUCGUGCUGCUGCUGCUGUGCCGGCUGGUGCAGCCGUACGACAUCGCCUGGUUCCUGUCGAACCGCGAGGACAAGCUGAACCUCUCCAAGAUGCGGCUCUACAACGCGAACGGCUAUCUCAUGCACUCCGGUUCCGAGAUCCUGCUCGGUUCGACCGGUAGCUUCCGGCGCUUCGACUCGGUCGACCGGGACUACAAACCACAGUACCACGGUUCGGGAACCGUGGCCGGCGGUGCGGUCGUCGUUCCACCCUGGCGGCACUCGCACGACGAACCGGACACGAUACCGCCACAACCGUUGCGGCCAGCGCCAUCACCGCGCGAGGCAAAGCUGUCCCGCGAAAAGCCCAUUCACCGUCAAACAUCCGAACCGAAGCCCGCUUCCCAGUCGAUCGUCAUCUCGCCGAUACCGCGCCCGGUACCACGGAAGCAACACUCGGCACCGAUCAGCUUUCCCCUGCCACUGCUGGCCGGAUCGCCACGCGAAAAGCGGACGCCAAUCGUCACCACCACCACCACCACCACCUCCACGAACCCGUUCGUCGUCGUCGGUGCUGUCGGUGGUAGUAGUGGUGCGCUACGGGAGGAGGAUCCACUGUGCGAGGAGUUCCCAGCCGCAGCAGCGGUGACGACGACGACGACGACGACGACGACGACGACGACGACGGUUCGUGCACGACCGCACCCGGCACCACUACCAGCAGCAGUAGGCGGUAGCCCCGUUCGGCCGCCCGCACCACAUACGGACGGUGUAUCGGUGUUCCGGUCAGCGCUCAAGUCGGCCAACAAUCCCUUUCUUCUCGAUUCACCACCAACGCUCGCCGCCGCCAACAACCGACACAAUCAACAAACCAACAACCAACAGCAGCAGCAGCAGCAGACCUGCGUGUUCAACUUUGAUCCGGCUAUGGUACACUCGUUGUUUAACCGACCCGUACCCGGCCUGGGAACGGUGGAUCGGCCACCAGCACCGGUUCCAUCAGCUGCGCAGCAGCCACUGUUCUCUUCAUUGACCGCUACUCCUCCUCCUACUCCUGCUGCUGCUGCUCAAUCGGUGACGACGUCAGCGACAACCACGACGACCACGAAUACAUGCGAGGAAGAUCCACUGCGGCGGGCGGAGAAGCGGCUCAGCAAGAUGGAGAAUCUGCGCAAGAUGUCACGGCUGAUCGAGAGCAACCAGCUGCUGCUCAACAUUUACCAGCAGUUCAAUCGCACGAUCACGGAACCAACGGGCCCGGCGGCCGGAACGGGUGCGCGGCCAACCGUACGCCACCCGGCCUCACCACCACCGUCACCGUCACCACCGUCGCAGGCAUCGCAGGCCGGAUGCGAGAGCUCCCCAUCACCGAGUGGCACCGAUGCAGGGCCGGGGGUGGGGCGGGGCAAUCGGUACCACGAUUCACCGCGCACCGACGCCCUCGACUGCAUCCGCGUACCGACCGUGUCCCGGAGCAUCAAGCACAUCCUGCGGAAUCGCUCCUUCUCCGAGACCGAGUUCAGCGAGCGGACGCUGAUCAAAUCGUUCGCGCUCCUGUCCGACCCCCCGGACGGGCAGCAGCCCGGUACGCCCGACGGUCCGCUACACCGGGCGCCCUCUUCACCGUCGCCAUCGUGCACCCAUGUGUCCCAUGCCUCCCAGCGUGACCUCAGCCGGGGCUACGCCGCGGUUGCUGGUGGAUCCGGUUCCGGUUCCGGUUCCGGGGUCGGCACUGGCAGCGGCACCACAACCACGGGCAGCGGGCGACCAUUCCGCCCCGGUAGCACCGAGACGCUGCACAAGACCGUGUCCGAGUCGUUCCUCGGGCAGUACUUCUCGUUCGGCUCGGAGCGGUACCGGUCCGCGACCGUGCUACCGUCGUCGUCCUGCGAGUCCGUUGCCUCGCAGUCAUCGGUCGUGUUUGCCGAUCUGGUGCACCCCGAUCGUAGCCCCACGCAACCGGUGGCCGGGUACCUGUGUGUCGCGCUACAACCGGACCCCAAGAGCGGAAACACCGGAACCGGAACCGGAACCGGGAAGCAGGGUAUGGAGCUGGCCGUGACGGUGCAGGAGGCAAAGGAUUUGGUCGGUGUGCCGGUGACCACCGAUCCAGCGCCCGAGACGGAAACACUCGUCCGGGUGUUGCUGGCGGCGGACGAAUCGCAGACGGUGCGACAGACCAAGGUUUGCCGGGGUACGGCCGUCGAUCGAGCGAGCUUCCACGAAACGUUCACCUUCUCGAUCGCCACCGGGACCGGCGAGCGGCAGACGCUCGCGUUUCAGGUGUUCCAAAGUGCGGGCGGGGACUCGUCCGGCUCGCUCACGCUCAUAGGUGAGGCGGAGCUGCAGCUGACCGAUGCUAUACAGCGACCGCUGACCACCUGGCUGAAGCUAAACGAUAGCCGGUACCGGCGGCCCGACCUCGGUGAGCUCAUGUUUUCGCUCAGCUACUUACCGACGGCCGAGCGGCUCACGGUCGUGGUAGUGAAGGCCCGGAAUCUGGCCCUCAAAGCCCCACGGCACCCGGCCCUAAGCAAUGGCCGGCGGGACAGCCAGUGUGAGGAGUCACUGGCCGAGCCGUCACCCCCGGUGGUUGCCUCCACAGCGGACCACCCGGACACCGGUGGCAGCGUGUUCGUCAAGGUUUACCUGCUGCAGAACGACCAGAAGGUUUCGAAGAAGAAGACCUCGGUGAGGCGGGCGGAACGCUUUCCGAUUUACAACGAGGCGAUCAUCUUCAGCGUGCCGCCUUACCUCCUGAACACCGUUCAGAUACGAUUGUCGGUGGUGCAGAUGCUAAACCGGUCCGAAGUGGUGGCCAACGGGCCAGUGCUCGAUGGUGCCGGCGAGCCGAUGCUCGGUGGCCGGCGCAAGUCCAGCAUCAAGCUGGUAUCGCUAGGGCACGUCAUCAUCGGUAGCGGCACAACCGGUAAGGCGUUGCGGCACUGGCACCAGAUGCUGACAGCACUCCGCAAGCCCGUGGCGAUGUGGCACGGUCUGCGCAGCUCUUCCGAACGUGGUAAGUCUGUAGCGGUGACCGGUAACGUCGUCGCCAGCGCGAAGGACACCCCGGAUACCGACCAAACGCCCAAGGAACCACCCGGUGAAUGAUCCGCUCUGAGCUAGCAGUGUAGCAGCAGCAGCAGCAGCUCGCUACGGGAAAGGAAUUGAGCGUACGCGUCGCAUCAAUCAAGCGGUGCACCCUAGCUCGUACGCACCGGGCAUCGCGAGACAUCCGGCAAAACUCCCGAAUGCCAGCUACAUGCGGGGCGCCGAAGCGAAUGGCUGGACCGAUAACCGGGAUAUUCAAUCUAUGGCUGUACAUUUUUCCCCUCGAGCAAACAACUUUCUUACUUAGAGAAGCCGCACCCGAUGCCAGCAACAGGCAAGUGGGAGCUGGCGGUGGCGUUGGCGUCGGCGCCAGAGUAACCCAAACAUUUACACGGUGCCACCACCAAACAAAAAACCCUCAUACAAAUGUAAUGUUAAUAUAAACAACCAAACCAAAAACAACCCCAAUAAAAACAAUAAUCAUGACGUCAAAUCGUGAGAAAUAAAGGGCAGUA